CUUCAUCAGCUACCAAUCACCACCUCGGAGUUGAAUUCAUCCACAGCUGUGGCAGUAAAAUACAUUCCCCAUCUAUCCUCGUACCCUUGACUCCACAUUCCCCAAUUUGUUUUAAUUGCUUUUCCAACAGGUACAAUUCAGUUCUUCGCUUAUUUGGCUGGUGGUAACAAUCAAAUGGCUGAAGCUGAACACUCUUCCGAUGAAACUUGUACUCAUAACUUACCAGAGAAAAAGAGCGGAGACUCCAAGGUUGAAUUCUCUGAGGAAGAAGAAGACUUGAUAAUUAGGAUGUUCAACUUGGUUGGCGAGAGGUGGUCUCUAAUAGCAGGGAGGAUACCUGGAAGAUCAGCAGAAGAAAUUGAGAAAUACUGGAAUUCUCGACAUCCAACUAGUCAAUGUAGUCGCAAUAAUUAGUGUAGCAGUUAAUGCUUGCUUCUAAUAAAAUUUUAAGGCAAUUAAGAUUUCGUGAAAAUGGAUACCGUAAGCUUUAUGGUGACAUGCUGCAAAAACCUUUGAUGCCGGUUUGCAAAGCACAGUCACUUGCUUUGCUCACCUCAGAAUAUUAGGCUUGGAAUAUGUAUGUAUUAACUGGGCGUCCCCUCGUGGGGGAUACAGAUCUGUAAUAAUCCGAAUCAGCAAGAGAGUUUCUCAUUGUCAAUGUCUUGA